CGGCAGAAAAAAAGCGGAAGCAGGUUGUGCCGCGAGACCUCCCGGGAAAAACCGGAAGGAGCGCGAUGGAAUUGGUUAGGUGUCCGGAGCACGGGACCAUCUGCUUUCUGAAGACCGGCGUCCGCGAGGGUCCGAAUAAAGGAAAGAGCUUCUAUGUGUGCGGGGCGGACGCGUGCACCUUCGUGCGGCCCACCGAUGUUCCUGUCUCUCAUUGUUUAUUGCAUGAGGGUGUUGUGGUGGAGCUUCAGGGCUUACUUCCACAACAGAGCACAAAAGAAUAUAGAUUGGUCUUCCGAUGCAUUGGAAGUAAGGCCGAGAAGAAGCAAUGGUGUGGAUGUAUACCAUGGCGGGAUCCUAAUUCCAAAGAGCACUCUGUAACCAGCAAGUCUCGGCAUGUGUCUGAGCCAUCUCAUUACCCUGCCAUUCAGCAGAGAAACCCGUUCAAGGUCCUUGACAAGAAUCAAGAACCAUCUCUGUGGAAACAGGUCAUCAAAGGUGAAGGCGAGGAAAAGAUGGUGGGUAAGAAGCAAAGUGAAAAGGGAGACCCGCCCUUAAUUCAAAAGAAGGAACAGAAGCCUGAAUCUAACUGCCAGACAGAGGAAGAUGUCUCACAUGGCCUGAUGGUAAAGAAAAAAGCUGUAGGUCAAGGGAAACCACUAGGGGAGAAGACAGAGCUUCACUGUGAGGCAAAGAAGGUUGAAGGGACGCACAAAAGAGACCUGUCUGAGAUUAAAUCCAAACCGUGCCAUGGUGAUGAGCUGAGAAAACCAUCUGCAUCUCAUCAGGAGAAACCGAUUGGUGAGAGUCAUCAUGUUCAAAAAGAAUCAGAACCUGUGAGAGAAAAGGAAACCAAGCCUUUGCCUCAAGUUGCUCCCAGCCAGAAGCCAAUGAACAAGUCCCCAGGAGCAGGACACCUCAGCAAGGAGCAGCCCAAGAGCUGGGAGGCCAGAGAAACAAAGGCGAAGGAUGCCCCGAGCACGCAGGCCACCCAGAAGAGGCUCCAGGGGCAUUGCCAGGCGCAGGCGGAGGCCCGGCCUGUGCCUGCUCCGAAAGCACCGGCCCCCCAGUCUGCGCCACAGGCUGCAGGGCCUUCCCUGGGAGCUCGGCAAGAAUCGGACACAAGCAGCAGUGACAGCGAGGAAGAUGUUAUUUUUGUUUCCUCUCAGCCUGGGUACCCCUCACUCUCAGACAGGACUUCAGACUCACGGAAGAAGGAGAACCUCCAAUUCCCUGGUCAUACUGGGCAAAGAAAAAUGUCUCCCGCCUCAGGUGCUCCCAAGAAGGUAGAACCUUCAGACCCAGCAGCCCAACGUGCAUACCUCACAACACAACUGAAACAAAAGAAGAGCACACUGGCAUCAGUGAACAUUCAGGUUCUUCCAGACAAAGGUCAGAAGUUGUUGAAGCAGAUUCAGGAGUUGGAGGAAGCACUCGGUGCUCUUGCCCUCUCCCCAGAGCAAGGUGCUGAUGAGAAGAAUAACACUGAAGUACCACAACAGAGUAACUUCACUGAAACUACCACUACUCCUCCCCACUUGGUGCCACCCAAACCCCUGCAGGGUCAGGCUCACCAGCAUCUGGGUUCUCUAGGACUGAAGGCUGCCUGCCAGGUAGCUGCUGGACAGUCUAGUCAGUGCUUCAGAGGCCCUGCGAACCAAGAUCGCCUUCAGGCCGUGUGGAAAAUCACAAGUGAAGCCAUUGAUGCGCUGCACCGAUCCCUCGAGUCAUGUCCCGGUGAGGCAGCUGUGGCAGAGGAUCCAGCUGGGUUGAAGGUCCCUUUGCUACUGCACCAAAAGCAGGCAUUAGCCUGGCUACUGUGGCGAGAAAGUCAGAAGCCACAAGGAGGAAUUCUGGCGGACGAUAUGGGGUUAGGAAAAACCCUGACAAUGAUCGCGCUCAUUCUGACCCAGAAGGACCGAGUGGAAAACAGAGAAAAGGACAACAGCGCGCCCUUGACUUGGCUUUCCAAAGACGACCCCACUGAGUUUACUUCCCAUGGAACACUUGUCGUCUGUCCUGCUUCCCUGAUCCAUCAUUGGAAAAAGGAGGUGGAGAAACGUGUGAGCCGCAGCAGACUCAGAGUCUGUCUCUAUCAUGGGCCAGACCGGGAUCAGCGUGCAAGAGUCCUCUCUACAUAUGACAUCGUGAUCACCACAUACAGCAUUCUGGCCAGGGAGAUCCCCACAGAGAAGCAAGAGGGACUGGCCCCAAGCACAAACCUCAGUGAAGAGGAAAUCUCAACGCCUUUGCUUCGCAUAGUCUGGGCACGAAUCAUCCUGGAUGAAGCUCACAAUAUUAAGAACCCCCGAGUGCAGACUUCCAUAGCUGUGUGUAAGCUGCAAGCUCAUGCCCGUUGGGCUGUCACUGGAACCCCCAUUCAGAACAACCUGCUGGACAUGUAUUCACUGCUAAAGUUCCUCCGCUGUUCUCCAUUUGACCAGUUCAGUCUGUGGAAGAGCCAGGUUGACAAUGAUACAAAGAAAGGAGGUGAACGGUUAAGUAUUUUAACCAAGAGCCUUUUGCUACGGAGAACAAAAGACCAGCUGGACUCCACCGGAAAGCCCUUGGUGGUGCUGCCCCAGCGUAAAUUUCAGUUGCACCAUUUGAAACUUUCUGAAGAUGAAGAGAUGGUUUACAGUGUCCUUUUUGCAAGAUCAAGGUCAGCUCUACAAUCCUAUCUAAAAAGACAGGAAGGUGGGGACAGCCAAUCUGGACGAAGCCCUGAUAAUCCAUUCAGUAGAGUGGCACAGGAGUUUGGGUCCAGUGGGCCUGGGCGCUCUGUGGCCGCAGACUCACAGAAAUCCAGCACCGCCCACAUAUUGUCACAGUUGCUGAGACUCCGCCAGUGUUGCUGUCAUCUCUCUUUGCUGAAGUCGGCCCUGGAUCCGACAGAGCUGAAGAGCGAAGGCCUGCUCCUUUCCCUGGAGGACCAGCUCAACGCUUUGACCUUGUCCGAACUCCAGAACUCAGAGCCAGCUUCCACUGUUUCCCUGAAUGGCGAGUGCUUCCCGGCGGAGCUUUUUGAAGACACGAGAGAGAGCACCAAGAUUUCAUCUCUGUUGGCAGAGCUGGAGGCGAUCCAAAGAAAUUCCGGAUCUCAAAAGAGUGUCAUUGUCUCUCAGUGGACCAGCAUGCUGAAGGUUGUAGCGUUGCACCUGCGGAGGCACAGACUGACUUACGCCACCAUCGACGGCUCUGUCAGCCCCAAACAGAGAAUGGAUUUGGUAGAGGCAUUUAACAACUCCAGGGGCCCUCAGGUCAUGCUGAUCUCGCUUUUGGCUGGAGGUGUUGGUCUAAACCUGACUGGAGGGAACCAUCUUUUUCUUCUGGAUAUGCACUGGAACCCAUCACUUGAAGAUCAAGCUUGCGACCGAAUUUACCGAGUAGGGCAGCAGAAUGACGUCGUCAUCCACAGAUUUGUUUGUGAAGAAACAGUGGAAGAGAAGAUCUUGCAGCUCCAAGAGAAAAAGAAAGAUUUGGCUAGACAGAUUCUAUCAGGAUCUGGAGAAUCUGUCACCAAGCUCACCUUGGCUGACCUCAAAGUCCUUUUUGGCAUCUAACUUCCUGUUCACAGAGCCCAGAAUGGUGCCAGUGUUGAGCAAGAUGAAAGAGGCUGUCUGUUUCUCCCGGGCUCUGUGGAGAUCUGCGGAAGAUAAACACGCAGCCCUCACCUUCAAGGCCAACUGCAGCGACUGCCUCCCCAGGUCGGACACCCUCUUGCUUUUUCUCUUUCGAACAUAAGGCUGUGCUUCCUGUUCAUGGUGAUCACCCUGCUGCUCCCUUCUUGUCUCUUCCCGUUCUGUCUCCCAGAGCACACCUGCUGGGAGUCUCUCCUUUUGAACCUGGCUCUCUCUCACAGCAGCUGCUUUUGGAUCACGGGAUCCUGGACCUUAACUUCAGCCCUAAAGAAGCUUUGAAAUACUCAGGAUUGGCCUAAGUACUUAGAGAAGAAAAUCUCUAGACCCUGCAAAGGAGGCUCUUAGCCCCAAAACUACCUUCUCUCAGCUGCAGAUACUGCUGGAAUAGGCUUGGACUCAGACCCUCCACAGCGCAGUAGCUCGUGCCAAGGUGCUGGGAUAUUCAAUAGUAAGGACACAAGAGACUACCUUUUAAAAAAAUAACUAGAUCCCUCCCCCAAGAAAAGAGCCAGACCUGGUUCAGUUAGUUUAAUCACUCCCACAGCAGUCAGAUGAAAACGGGGGUUCAGGAGAGGCUUAUGAAGCCUAAAAAUCUGAAACUGCCCAAAGUAGUGGGUGUUUCUUGGGAAAAGAUCAUUCUCAAAGGGAUCUGUGACCUCCAAACAGUUACCAAUUCCUGUGCCAGAGUCAGGAGGGCUCUAGGAUACAGCCUUCCUGUCAGGACUGGUCUGUGACAUGUGUGAAUACCAGGCCUUCUUUAGAAUGCUGUGGUCAAUGAUGUUUCCCCCCCUACUGAAUGAAAUGCCUACCGUGUUCUUUUAAGCACCAAUGUCAUGUGGCUUAUGUGAACCAAAAAGGGCACAAAAGGAAAUAAACCACAAUCUCUUCCUCACUCCUGAAACUCUCUUCAGAACUUGAUCCAAGCAACCUGGGGGCUGCCAUGCUCCUCUCUGAGCACUUGGGAUU